AUGGAUCGAGAAAUAUUAGAGUUAACGCAAACGGCUUUGUCGCACCUCCCACCCCAAUAUUACCAGGUCUUCGAUGAUCUUUUUCGGGCAUUUCAAGCGGUCCACUAUGAGUUAUACAGUAAUCCUCUCCGAGACCGCAUGACCACCGAGGAAGCCGCCGAGUUCUUCUCCUCUAUAGGUCAAGUCGAUUACGCGUUGAAGCAUUUGGGAAAAGAAGAUCUCGAACGCUUAGAGUAUUUAUUUUCUUAUUGGGUGAAUGUGAUUACAGAUCUGGACGAAUCGCGGGCUACUUCCUUCAAGAGGCGACGAAUUCUGGUUGGAAAACGAUUGGAUACCCUUCCCAUCAUAUCCGGCCCCACUCUGAAAUCAAUCCCCGAUGGUGAAACUUUGGGAUGCGUAGUAUGCAUGGAAGAGCUUGCCCAAUCCCAAGAAACCAUCAUUCAGCUUCCGUGUCAUCCUUCCCACCUUUUUCACCGCGACUGCAUCCAGCGCUGGCUGGAAGGAAGCUUGGGCUGCCCAACCUGCCGAGCUGAAGUCGAACUACCACCCUGGGAAGGCCCCCAAUGA